AGCGCCGGCUCGCUGGCUGAGGCUCCGCUGCGGGCUUUGCCUACCGCUGACGGGUCGGCAGGCAGGUCCCUGUGGAGGGGCCCUCAGUAGCAGGACUUUUUUUUUUUUUUGGCAGAUUCUAUUCUGAAAGUGCAGCUCUGCCAAAGGUUGAAGGAGCUGAUGUAACAGGGACUGAAGAAGUGGUUAUUCCAAAAAAGAAAACUUGGGACAAAGUGGCCGUUCUCCAGGCACUAGCGUCCACAGUACACCGGUAUCCAUGUGGGUAUUGAACCUUCUUGAGGCCUUUAGCACGGAUUUUCAGGACUAUUCUUCUGUUGUAGAUGUUAAGGCUACGGGCUGUUGGUGAAACGUGCACUGGUGUGCCCGGGCAGCUUCUGAGGAAGGGUUUUCAAGUGCUGCAUCUCCACACGAGCAAGACUGAGGAUACCACAGCUGCCCCGUAUGCGUUUCAAGAUGAUCCUUACCUUAUGCCGGCAUCCUCCAUGGAAUCUAAUUCAUUUUUAUUGGCAAAGAAGUCCGGGGAGAAGGCUGCAAAGUUUGUUAUUAAUUCAUACCCCAAGUAUUUUCAGAAGGAUAUAGCUGAACCUCAUAUACCGUGCUUAAUGCCUGAGUACUUUGAACCUCAGAUUGAAGAUAUAAGUGAGGCUGCUCUGCGGGAACGAAUUAAGCUCAAGAAAGUCAAAGCUUCUGUGGACAUGUUUGAUCAGCUCUUGCAAGCAGGUAGAGAAGUCACACAGCUGUUCUUCCCUAGCUUCUGUUUUUUAACCUCAGGAACCACUGUAUCUCUGGAAACAACUAACCGUCUGUUGGAUUUAUUGUGCUACUAUGGGAACCAAGAGCCCCCAGCUAACUAUAAUUUUCAGCAACGGGAACAAUCCGAAGAGUUGGAAGAGGCCACCGUGGGAAACAGUGAGAAAUCUAAGAGGAAGACUAGUACUUGGAGAGCAAACAACAAUGCUGAGAGAAUCUUUGCUCUAAUGCCAGAGAAAAACGCACACUCCUACUGCACAGUGAUCCGAGGAAUGGUGAAGCACCGAGCUCCUCCUACACAGGCAUUGAACUUGUACACUGAGUUAUUGAACAACAGACUGCGUGCUGAUGUACACACCUUCAAUUCAUUGAUUGAAGCAACAGCAUUGGUGGCGAAUGAGAAGUUUGAAGAAAAAUGGAAUAAUAUAUUGGACCUGCUGAAACAAAUGGCUGCACAGAAUGUGAAACCCAAUCUACAGACUUUUAAUACUAUUCUGAAGUGUCUCCGAAGGUUUUAUGCAUUUGGGAAGGUGCCAGCCUUACAGACCUUACGGGAAAUGAACGCCAUCGGAAUAGAGCCCUCGCUUGCCACGUAUCACUAUAUUAUUCAGCUGUUUUAUCAACAUGAAAGCCCUGCAAGAGGAUCGUCCCUCAUAAUCUAUGACAUCAUGGACCAGCUAGCAGGGAAGAGAUUUUCUCCAGAGGACCCGGAUGACGAUAUGUUCUUUCAGUCGGCCAUGAGGGUGUGCUCAUCUCUCAGAGAUCUGGAGCUUGCUUACCAAGUACAUGACCUUUUAAACACCGGAGACAACCGGAAAUUCAUUGGAUCCGAUCAUCGGCGUAACUUCUAUUAUUCCAAGUUUUUUAACUUGCUUUGUCUAAUGGAACAAAUUGAUGUCACCUUGAAGUGGUAUAAAGACCUGAUCCCUUCAGUCUUCUUUCCCCAUUCCCAAACACUGAUAGACCUUCUCCAAGCAUUAGAUGUGGCCAACCGGCUGGAGGUGAUCCCUCAGAUUUGGAAAGAUAGUAAAGAAUAUGGUCACACUUUUCGAAAUGAGCUGAAAGAAGAGAUUCUGAUGCUCAUGGCAAGGGAUCGUCAUCCACCAGAGCUGCAGGUGGCGUUUGCUGACUGUGCUGCAGAUAUCAAGUCGACUUACGAAAUCCAGGAUGCCAGACAGACCGCUCCCGAGUGGCCGGUCAACUGCCUGAACUGUAUCGCUGUCCUGCUUCUAAGGGCCGGGAGAACCCAGGAGGCCUGGAAAAUGCUGGGCCUUUUCAGGAAACAUAAUAAGAUCCCUAGGAACGAGUUGCUGAAUGAGUUCAUGGACAGUGCCACAGCGUCCCACAGCCCCGAGCAGGCCAUGGAGGUCGUGAAGCUGGCAGGCGCCUUCAGCUUACCUAUUUGUGAAGACCUCACCCAGAGAGUAAAGGCCGAGCUCACACUCAGCCAGGAACAAAAGGAAGUCUUGGGAGACCAGCCUGCGUUGACCAGCGACAGCGACAGUGACGGCAGCAGUGACAGCGACAGUGACAGCAGUGAAGGCAAAUAGAUGUUAACUGGCAGUUUAGUCUGCAGAGCUGGGAA